AUGACCAAAAGAAACAAUAAACGCCCGCCGCCACCAAAACGUCAAAGAAUUGAAGCAGAGAAUAAUCAGAAUGCAGAGAACAAUACAAAUGAUCAACAUCCAUUGACGCUUCAAAAGAUGUACGAUACGUGUCAAGAAGUGCUGGAAAAACAGAAAAAUCUCGAAAAAAUCCAUGAAAAUAUGCUCAAAGAGGUUCUGGAGAAGCAGAAAGUUUUCGUCGAUAAGCUUUGUUCCGUCGAAAACGAGCUUCAAUUGAUUCGAGACGACUUGAAGCCAAGAAUAGUGAAAGCAGCAGUUCCGGUAAAAAGGGAUGAUGAAGAUGAAACAGAUUCAGAAUCUGAUAACGAGAGUGAUACCAUGCCGACUACUGGAAAAAACUUCGUUUUAAAACAUGUCUUUAAGAAUGUCUCGAAUAUGAAGGAAGAUGAACAUCGGUUGUCAGAAGCGGAAGAGUACUAUGGAGUUAAAUGGAGAAUGGGUGUGCGCCGAACGAAAGAACAUCUUGAGUUUUAUUUGCACUGUCCGAAAUUGAUAGACACUGCGAAUUGGACAAUCGAAAUUCAGCAAAAGGGUGUAUUCAUUUCGAAUCGAGUGGAAAACACAGUGAAAAAAGGCAAACAAAUAUUUAACAACAAAUCUCCCGCUUGGGGAUGGCCAGGAUUCAUUGCAUGGGAUGUAUUGGAGAAGAACUUACUUGUCGAUGACCAAUUGACUGCUGAAAUGCACGUGAAAAUCAAGAAAACAACUGGUAUUUAUAAAGAUCAUCUGAGAAGUUUCGACAAGACAAUGGAAGAAUUCUCAGAUGUUGUAUUAGUUGUCAAUGAAGAGAAAUUCUACGUCUCAAAAUUAUAUUUGGCUGCUCACUCACCCUAUUUCAAGGUCUUGUUUUUGGGAAAUUUCAACGAUUCGAAGAAAUCUGAAAUCAAAUUGAAUGGAAUCGAUGCAGAUGAUUUCCAGAACUAUCUGGAAUUGCUUUAUGGAGAACAUCCGAUUGAUGAAUUCACAGUAGAAGGAAUGCUCAUGGUGGCUGAUAUGUACGAUACUCCAAUGGUAAUCCGCAAAUGCGAGCAGUUUCUACUCAAGGAAUCAAAGAAAAAGUUAAAGAAGAAGUUAGAAUUGUCUACUCGAUACAAUUUGGAAGCACUCAAGAAGAAGUGCCUCGCUGAAAUCAAAUCUAUUGGCGAUCUUCAAGCUGUUUUGCCAGGGAAUGUGCAAGAUUUGGACAAAUCUAUAAUGGGCGAACUACUUGAAAAAUCGAUUUCACUUCAUAAUUGA